AAUAAAUAUAAUUUAUAUAAAUAAUAUUAUUAUAAUCAUAUAUAAAUAUAUAUAUUUUUUUUUUUAAAAUCAUAAUUAAAUAACUCUUUUAUAUUUUUAUAAAAUAUUUUAAUAAAACAAACAAAAUGAGCAUUAAUUGGUUAACCCAUCCAUGGGAAGAAUUAAGUAAUCUUAGACAUUCAAUUGACGAAACUUUAAGAAAUUGGACCGAUUCUGCUCCAUCAGCUGCCUCAUCAAUGGAUUGGGGUUGGAAGCCAAGAAUGGAUGUUUGCGAAAACAAAGGCUAUUAUAAAGUAAUUUUAGAAUUACCAAAUUUCCGUCGUGAAGAUUUGGAUGUACAAGUAAAUGGUCGUUUCUUAUCAAUUAAGGGUCAAAGAAUGGAUCAUUCAUCAGAUGAAUGGAAAUUCCAUCGUCGUGAACGUUAUAGUGGCGGUGAAUUUCAUAGAGCAGUCGCUUUACCAGAAGGAAUUGAUGCAUCAUCAAUUCAAGCUAAAUUCCAAAAUGGUGUUUUGGUUUUAUUAAUUCCAAAGACUGGUGGUAAAAAUACUCAACAUAUUUCACUUAUGGGUAGUGAAGAACAUAGUAGCAGAAGAAAUAUUAUCGAAAUGGAAGAACAAGAAAGAAGAAGAAGAAUGGAAGAAAAUGAUCCAAUGUUAUCACGUUCAAGUUGGAUUGCUGGCCGUGGUGUUCGUGAUGAUGUAUUCAGUAAUCGUAAGGUCUCACGUUUCGAAGAUGCUUCCUUCCGUAAAUCAAGUAUUCAAGAUUUGAAACUUGUUAAAUCAUUAGAACAAAAAGAACGUGAACGUAGAAUUAAAGAUGUUAAAGGUGAAAAUGAAAAGAAGAAGAAUGCUCAAAAAGUUUCUCGUUACAUGAAAUCACUUGGUAUGAACCCAAGAUCAACUUUAAGAAGAGGUGGUAAACAACUUGAAAAGAUUAUUCACUUAGAAGAAAAAGAACGUCAAGCUCGUAUCAAAGAUAAAGGUAGACAAAGACAACAUCAAGCUCUUGCAAAGAGAACAAGUAAUCUUAUCAAAAGCAGUGGUGGUCAAUCAAAACUUCGUCAUACUGGUUUCAACUAUGCUACAAUUACUAAAGGCUAUAACAAUAACAAUAAUUACAAGAGAGAUCUCAUCUUUGAUCGUUUCGGUCGUGAAAACAACUCUUUUGGUAGCUUCAACUUAAAUAAAUUCAACAAAUUCGGUAAUGGUGGUAUGAGUUUCAGUAAAUUCGGUAAUCACCCAUUCAAUGAAUUUACCCACAACUUAGAAGAAAAAGAACGUGAAAGAAGAUUAAGAGAUAAGAAAGGUCAAAACGAUGCUAAAAGAUUAGCAGCUCGUAUCUCCCACAUGAUUGGAAAUGCUAAUUUUUAAUUAACUAAUUAAAAAGUUUUAGGUUAGCUUUAUUUAAUCUAAUAUACAUAUAAAAAUUAAUAAAGUUUUAAUUAUAUAUUUAUGUUUUUAAAUU